AUGAGAAAUCGUAAGGUAACAAUCUUGUUCCUUUGGGCAAUGUUGGCCUUAUGCACCAUACUCGAAUUGAAAGUUCAAGUAAGAGCAUCUUCUCCUUUAGAAAGUGAAAUAGAAGCUAAAUUGAAGCUUCUCAACAAACCUGCGGUAAAAACAAUUAAGAGUGAAGAUGGAGAUAUUAUUGACUGCAUCGAUAUCUAUAAGCAACCUGCUUUUGAUCACCCUGUAUUAAAAAACCACACUAUCCAGAGUAUACCCAGUUUCCUACUAGAGUCCCAGAAUUCAAGCACUAAGGAUACAUUCCAAGCAGAGACAAAUGUCUUUCAAACAUGGCAAAAAAGUGGAAGUUGUCCAAAAGGAACUGUCCCCAUUCGUAGAAUUCGAAGAGAGGAUUUACUGAGGUUUGAUUCUCUGGACAGCUUUGGACAAAAACCCAGAGCAUCAUUCAUGAAUUCAACAAAGACCCUAAGCUCUCAUUUCCCAAAACUCAAUGGCAGUAAAGUUGUUAUUCCAGAAAAUCACUCGGCAUCAUAUCUUGUGACAGUGGGAUACCAUUACAUAGGUGCACAAGCAGAUAUCAACAUUUGGAAUCCAAGGGUUGAUCUCCCAGAAGAUUUCACCACUGCUCAAAUUUGGCUUAAGACUGGAAAUGGUCCUAAUUUUGAAAGUGUUGAAGCAGGCUGGGUGGUGAAUCCAAAGCUAUUUGGUGACAGAGCCACUCGGUUUUUUAACUAUUGGACUAAGGAUUCGUACCUGUCAACGGGUUGCUUUGAUGUUACUUGUCCUGGGUUUGUGGUAACAGGCCAAGUAGCACUUGGUGGUGCCAUAAAACCCGUGUCGUCCACAAGAGGGACCCAGUAUGAUCUCACCGUUGGAAUGUUUUUGGAUCCUAUCACAAAGAACUGGUGGCUUAAAGUGAAGAAUAACAUUGUUGUAGGUUAUUGGCCCGCCAUAUUAUUUGACGAAUUGACUCAGAGUGCCACUAUUGUUGAGUGGGGAGGACAAGUGUUCAGUCCGAUGGUAAAGCAAACCCCUCACACAAAAACAGGGAUGGGGAGUGGGGAUUUUGCCAAUGGAUUAUUCGGCAAUGCAUGCUACAUGAGGAAUAUCAGAAUUAAGGAUUACUCACUUAAACUCAAGUACCCUGAGUUUGUAAGACCAGUGACUGAAGAACAAUACUGCUACAAUGUUCUCAACGAUGUUAAAUAUGGAAAAGAACCUUACUUCUAUUUUGGAGGGCCUGGACAAAGACCUCCUUACUGUCCUUAA